GGGCAGUGAUCGGUGAUGGACAGUCUGCUGUGGCCAGUAACAUUGCCAAUACUACCUACCGGCUCCAGUGGUGGGACUUCACUAAGUUUGAUCUCCCAGAAAUCAGUAAUGCCUCCGUGAAUGUGCUGGUGCAGAAUUGCAAGAUCUACAAUGAUGCCAGCUGUGACAUUUCUGCAGAUGGCCAGCUCCUGGCAGCUUUCAUCCCUAGCAGCCAGAGGGGCUUUCCCGAUGAAGGCAUCCUGGCAGUGUACUCCCUGGCCCCCCAUAACCUGGGCGAGAUGCUCUACACCAAGCGAUUUGGUCCCAAUGCCAUUUCAGUGAGCCUGUCCCCAAUGGGCCGAUAUGUAAUGGUGGGCUUGGCUUCACGAAGGAUCCUGCUGCACCCCUCCACAGAGCACAUGGUGGCCCAGGUCUUCAGGCUGCAACAGGCCCAUGGUGGCGAGACCUCCAUGAGGAGAGUUUUCAACGUCCUUUACCCCAUGCCUGCUGACCAGCGGAGACAUGUCAGCAUCAACUCUGCCCGUUGGCUGCCUGAGCCAGGGCUCGGCCUGGCCUAUGGUACCAACAAAGGAGACCUGGUGAUCUGCCGACCAGAGGCCUUAAACUCUGGUGUUGAGUACUACUGGGACCAGCUGAACGAGACUGUCUUCACUGUCCAUUCCAACAGCAGGAGCAGCGAGCGACCUGGAACCAGCAGAGCCACAUGGAGGACUGACAGAGACAUGGGCCUCAUGAAUGCAAUCGGGCUGCAGCCCCGGAACCCCAGCACUUCAGUGACAUCUCAGGGCACCCAGACUCUGGCCCUUCAGCUGCAGAAUGCUGAAACACAGACUGAGAGGGAGGUACAGGAGCCAGGGACAGCAGCCUCGGGUCCUGGUGAAGGUGAGGGCUCAGAGUUCGGCGCAAGCGGGGAAGACGCCCUCAGCAGGAUCCAGAGGCUCAUGGCGGAGGGGGGCAUGACGGCCGUGGUGCAGCGGGAACAGAGCACCACCAUGGCCUCCAUGGGUGGCUUUGGCAACAACAUCAUCGUCAGCCACCGCAUUCACCGCAGCUCCCAGACGGGCACUGAGCCUGGUGCCGCCCGCACCUCCUCGCCCCAGCCCUCCACCUCUCGGGGACUGCUCCCGGAACCAGGGCAACUGGCAGAGCGAGGCCUAAGCCCCCGGACAGCCUCCUGGGACCAGCCUGGCACCGCUGGGUGGGAGCCACCCCAGCCAACUCUGCCCUCUUCUUCCCCUGUCCCUAUCCCUAUCCCCCUUCCUAGCACUGAGGGACCAAGCCUGCACUGCAACCUGACCAAUAACAACCACCUUCCAGAUGGUGGUGGCAGCAGCAGGGGGAGAGCUGCGGGCCCCAGUGGGGAGCCACGGAAUAGGUAGAGACAAAUAUGUGCACUGGUGCUCCCCCCCCUCGAGCCCCUGAGCAGAAACCGGACCUCACAGCUGACUGGGAACUGAACCUGCAGAGGAGCUGCUGGCUGCAUCAGGGAACAGGAGGAGCGGGAGGGUGGGGGGUCAAGAGGAGUCAGUCAGUGGGCGUGAGGCAGUCGAAGGGGCAAGGCUUGCCUCGCGACUAGAACCUUCCAGGAUCUGGAGCCCAGGAGACCCACAUUGCUGGGCUUAGUGGAAAUGGAGGAGCCAGUGGGUAUCUCUGCUGUGAGCCCCCUUUCUUCUAGGAACAUGGGCUCAAAGGACUCAGCUCUGGACACAGAGCCCCGGAAGAGUGAACAGUCUUCCAGAUCUGGGCCAAGUCAUCCUGGACAGAGGCCAGUGGGGCAGCUUUGCUCGCUCUGUUGGGUGGGCAGAGCCCCCAGGAGCCCAAGAGCAGGAGGAGCAGCCCGGCCCCUAGAAAGAACCUCCAUCUCUGAGCCUUCCAGAGCUUCAGUCUCUCUUCAUCGUCUUACCCCACAGAGACCAGUCGGGGGUCAGGCCAGGCUCCCAGAUUCCUGAGGACAGGGACUUCCUGAAUUUACUAAUGGGGACAACUGUGGGGUGUAGGGGGCAGCCUGCUGGCCUGAUACAAGAUGGGGUCAAGGGGAAGUGGGCAGGUCCUCACUUAGGAAUGGGGGGUGUAGGCUGGCCCGCCCCCAGGGCCUGUGCACCAAGCUCCAACCCCCCACCCCUGAGACCCUUAGAGCAGCACCUGUGGUGUCAGUAUUAUCUGGGCCUAGGCCAAAGCUAGCCCAAGGCUGGGGGAGGGGAUGAGAUUCCAGGUCAGAAUGUGAGGUCUUGAUCUGUGAUUUAAGGUGUUGCAUGUGGAAUCUUGAACUGUAUGUGUAGUUUCUAGUGGAGAAAUCAAGGCUCUGAUCAUUUUGUUUUAAUAUGAAAAUGUGAUUUCCUUUCUGUUUGUAACUCAUCAUAGAAACAUUGUGGUGGGAAGAGAGGGGAUAGUCUACUGCGAAUGAGGGAAACACCAAAGAUCUACAUCAUUAAAAUGAUGAUAUGCCCCUC